GAGGCUAUGAGUCGCGAGGCACGGGGCUGGGGCCAGGCAAGGCCUGGCAGCAAGUGCUCCGGGCAGCUUUGCCAGAGUCUCUCUGCUCCAGGAGGGAUGGCAGCCUGUCCCUACCCGGAGCUACAGGUUCCUCCUGCUGACCUUCUGUCUCCCCUUACAGCCUCCGCCGCCAUCUCGGAGCUCGCGGCACUCAGCACUGCCAGCCAGCAGAGCAGCCUGGAGCCAUCCCACAGCCCCCAGGAACACGGGCACAACUGCUCCAGCCCCGACAGCCAGGCAGCAUCCGGGCCAUCACACAGGUCCCAGCUGCCGCAGCUCAGCUGCCAGACCAGUGAGCUGGGGACAACCUGCUCACAUGUUCCUGACCAUCAGGAUACAGUGGAGCAGCACCAAGCACAGCAUGGGAGCAGCCAUACACCCACCCCAGCCACUGAAAGCAGCUCCUGCAUCUCCACCAGAUGGGGCAGAUUGGGAUCCUCCAGAGCAGCCACAGCAGCCGCACGCAGGAGGCGUCCCAGGCAGCGGAGAACAAACCGCACACAAAGCCGCUCCCUGCUGCAAGGUCAGGCCCCAGGAUCCCAGAGCCGGACCAGAAGACCUCGAGGCAGCAGGCGAACACCAUCUCCAGCUGCUCAGAACAGAACCCGCAGCACCACCAGAGCGGCAAGGCGGAGGUCCUCGAGGGCUCCCCUGCAUUCACACCCUGAGGAGUGGCCCGGGCAGACAGGGGAGGCCCGCAUGCGAAGCUGUUCCUCAGUGGCACAACGAGCCACAGAUGUCCACACCCGGCACAGAAGAGGCGGCAGGAGAAAGCCACAACCACAGAGGCUAUCCCGGCCAUGAAGUGACUCCCGGGUCUAAUAUCGAAGCCAACAUCCGCCCCCCAUAAGCCCAAAAGAAGAUGCCGUGUUCCAACAGUGCGGUCUAUCCAGGCAUGUUGUCACUCCUGGGUGCAACAUCGAUCCAACAUCUGCUGACCCCCCGCACAAUCAGCCCAAAAAAGGUGACAUGGAAGCAGUUCCAACUGGCGGGGCAUCCCAGUCACAGAGGCACUCCUGAGUCUAAGAUCGGAGCCAACAUCCGCACCCCGGCACAAUUCGCCUGAAGGCAGACGCAUGGAAACAGCCGUGGGCCAGUACCAUGUGCUGGCUCUAGCCCCAAGUGUCCAACACAAUAAACCCAACCAUCCCCCACCCAUUUCUUUGUCAGCUUCUUUUUCUCCGCUUGUCCUGAUGUGGGCAGACUAAGGAGCUGGGAACACAGGGUUUCCUCCUCCUCAACA